CUUGUAUAGGUUAGAAAAUUAAAAAAUAAUUCUUAUUUUCGCAAAUAUUCUGAAAUAACAUAAAUUAUUUGCACCGUACGAGCAAUAAAAAGAGAUCAAAAUGAAUAUCCGCUGUGCACGCCCUAGUGAUUUGAUGAAUAUGCAGCAUUGUAAUCUACUUUGCCUGCCAGAGAACUAUCAAAUGAAAUAUUACUUCUAUCAUGGUCUAUCAUGGCCUCAGCUCAGUUAUGUGGCUGAAGAUGAAAAAGGACACAUUGUUGGGUAUGUUUUGGCUAAAAUGGAAGAAGAUGGUGAAGACAAUCGUCACGGCCACAUAACAUCUCUUGCAGUGAAAAGAUCACACCGUCGGCUUGGUCUUGCUCAAAAAUUAAUGAAUCAAGCUUCACUUGCUAUGGUGGAGUGCUUUCAGGCCAAAUAUGUGUCCCUACAUGUAAGGAAGAGUAACAGAGCUGCGUUAAACCUUUACACAAAUUCACUUGGCUUUAAAAUACUUGAAAUUGAACCUAAAUAUUAUGCAGAUGGUGAAGAUGCAUACUCCAUGAUGCGUGAUUUGAGUGCAUUCGCCUCUGAAAAUAAAACAGACAAUCAAUCUGACAAUUUGGAAAUAAAGUCUGAUUCUGCAAUUAUAUCACAGUGUUGAUAUAUACAUUUUGUAUUGAAGGAUUGAAUAAAUUAUACUGCCGUA